AUGGGAUUAGCAGGUACUAAAGUCAAACAGAGAUUCGGAUUGGAUCCUAGAAAUACAAACUGGUCCAAUGAUACCUCUAGAUUUGGUCAUCAAUACAUGGAAAAACUAGGAUGGAAACAAGGAAGCGGUUUAGGUCUUGUGGAACAUGCAACUACCACUCACGUUAAGGUCACCUUAAAAGAUGACACAGUUGGAUUAGGAGCAAAGUUGGCCAAGAAGCAAAAGAAAGAUGAAUUUGAUAGUGGUGAAUGUGCUGGAUUAGAUGUAUUCCAAAGAAUUUUAGGAAGAUUAAACGGUAAAGAAGACCAAAUCAACAAGGAGUUGGAUAGACAAAAGGCAGAUGUUUUGAACGGAAGAUGGGGGAUGGCUUUCGUUAGAGGAGAAGUGUUGAGAAGUACUUGGGACGGUGCUGAAAAGGAAACCAAGAAGAGAAGUAGAGAUGAUGAAGAUGAUGAAGAGGAAUCAAAGAAGAGAAAGAUAGAGAAGAAGGAAAAGAAAGAGAAGAAGGAAAAGACCGAGAAGAAGGACAAAAGAGAGAAGAAAGUAAAGAAGGAAAAGAAGGAAAAGAAGGAAAAGAAGGAAAAGAAGGAAAAGAAGGAAAAGAAGGAAAAGAAGGAAAAGAAGGACAAGAAAGCAAAGAAGGACAAGAAAGAAAAGAAGGAAAAGAGCGAAGUUACCCGUGAGAGUAUGUUGAAGCCAAAGGAUGCUGAACAUAAGGCUAUAGCUACUAGACUCUCCGCAAGAUCAAAAUGGAUCAGGCAAAAGAGGGCUUCAGUUAUGGACGCCAAGGCCUUGAACGAAAUUUUCAUGAUAACCAAUUAG